AUGACAGCUUCAACUGAAACAUUUAAACUGUUCUUGUUGAGACACGGGCAGAGUGAAUUGAACCACGAAAAUAUUUUCUGUGGUUGGAUUGAUGCCAAAUUGACUGAAAAAGGGAAAUCGCAAGCACGCCACACGGCCAGCUUGAUCAAGGAUUACUGUCAGUCAAACAAUGUUUCCUUGCCUCAGAUUGGGUACACUUCAAGAUUAGUCCGAACUCAACAGACUAUGGAUGUUAUCCUUGAUGAAUUAAAUCUAAAAGGUGAAAAUCAUGUUGUUUGUGGGAACUCAUUUACAGAAAAGGAUGAGUCAGAUUUGACUACAAGUUUGCAACAAAAUAAAGGACAAGUUAUUCCCGUUUUACAAACAUGGAGAUUGAAUGAACGUCAUUAUGGUUCCUGGCAAGGACAAAGAAAGCCAAAGAUUUUGCAACAAUAUGGUAAGGAUGAAUACAUGUAUAUCAGAAGAGAUUAUCAUGGGAAACCUCCACAAGUUGAUUUGAAACUUGAGAUGGUUCAAGAGGUCGACGAAAAGGGAUCAUCUACCGGUUAUGAAUUCAAGGAGCCUAAUAGACAUUUGAAAUAUGGCGUAGAGGAAGCCAAUGGAGAAACCUUACCUUCAGGUGAAUCUUUGGAAGAUGUGGUCAAGAGGAUGGUUCCCCUUUUUGAUAACAUUGUUUUGAAAUUAGCCAAAGACUUUUCUUUAGACUCUUCUUUAAUAGUUGGACAUGGUAGUUCUGUGAGAUCAAUUUUAAAAAUCUUGGAAGGAAUUUCAGAUGAAGCAAUCAAGGAUGUCGAUAUUCCAAAUGGUAUUCCAUUGGUAAUUGAACUAGAUAGAAGUAGUUUCAAGUUUAUUAGAAGCUUUUACUUGGAUCCAGAAUCUGCCAAGAUCAAUGCCAAAAAAGUCCGUAAUGAAGGGUUUGAACAAAACCCAUAA